AGCGAAUCGUCCGCGCAGUCUAGAAUCUGUCACCCGAUCGUAAGGUGCUAUACCCGCUCUCCCUCUAGCCAGGAGUCCUCUUCAGAGAAUCUACCCAUCAUCUAUCAUAAUGAAGUUUGCCCUUAUCUGCGAGGUUUUGCUUUUGGUGCUCUGCUGGACGCAAGCCGUCAACAGCCAUGUCUUCGGCUACUCCGAGCCCAACCAGCGUCGCUGGGCUCGUCAUCAUGGCCACUGUGCCGGGAAGACCCAAUCUCCCAUUGCCAUCACCACCAGCCGGACGAUAUCCGUCCACAUGCCGGCGGUGGACAUGAUUGGCUACCACAACCUUCUGCCGUAUCCCCUGAAAAUGGUCAACAAUGGACACACGGUUUCCAUUGGCAUACCCAAGGUCAAUGUGAGCGAGGUGGGCGAGGACUUUCUGCCUUACAUCCGGGGCGCCAAGCUGCCCGGGGAGUUCGAGAUCGAGGGUCUGCACUUCCACUGGGGCGACAAGAACAACCGGGGGUCCGAGCAUGUCAUCAACGACAUCCGCUACACCAUGGAGAUGCACAUUGUGCAUCGGAACAAGAAGUACGCCACCAUUGGCGAGGCCCUCAAUCAUCCCGAUGGAGCCGCCGUUCUGGGUUUCUUCUUCAAUCUGGAUGAGGACGAGGGCCAGGGUCUGGUGACCAUUAACCGGCACUUGCAUCUGAUUGCCGAUGCCAACCAGGAGGCCACGCUCAACGUCACCUUCUCGCUAUCAUCGCUUAUUGCCGGCGUGGAUGUGGACAAGUUUUACACUUACAAGGGUUCCCUGACCACGCCGCCCUGCUCGGAGGCCGUCACCUGGAUCCUGUUCCCCGACCCCAUCCCCAUCUCGCCCAAACAAAUCUCCCGCUUCCGCCAGCUGUCGGACACCCAGGAUGGGGCGCUGGUGGACAACUUCCGGACCCUGCAGCCGGUGGGUAACCGGCGGAUCUUCGCUCGCACCGGCCACGUGCGUCACACCUCGAUUGCGGCGCUGAAGCACGAGGGCGACUAUCUCAAGUACGACUGGUUCUACUGAACACUCGACGCCGGCGAGGAGGAGGAGGAGCAGUGUGCCAUCCCAUAUUAGGAUACCUCUAAAUUAAGCAUUUAUUAAGUUACACUAACAGCCAGAACUAAUCUAACCGCUCGCGAAGAGGGAUUUACUCCUCUUCACCAAUCAAGAAUACUAAAUACAUUUCAAAGAG